AUGGACGCCCAGCUCAUUCUUGCGCUUCUGAACGCUCAGGGUUUGGGAUUGCCCGAACUUCUCGCCUUGGUCGGUGACCGAGAUAGGCUCGCAAUCGUGCGGCAGCUCGCCCCACCCGUACCCUCCGGUAAGCCCAACGCCGCCACUCCCACGGUCUUCCCCGAUCCUCAGCCUGUUCUUCGCACAGCUGCACCUUCCGCUUCCGCUACCGUGCCCACGUCUGCCGCUUCUCUGCUCGCCACUGUCGCUUCCACUUCUCCGCCCACAGCCCGAGCUCUGCCCACCCAGCCUCACGCCCUCUCUCCCACAUCCGUUCCGUCCAACGUCAUUCAGAGCCCGUCUUCCACCUGCCCCGUGCCCAGACAGCCCGAACCGCGCCCCGAACCCGAAACGUCCGUCCCCCCAUCUCACCAGCGCGGCCCGAUCGACCGCCAGGACGAGGCCUCUUCGCGCCCACCCCAGACGCUUUUGCCUCAAGGUUGUGCUCAGGAGCAGCGCGAGGCUCAGCAACGCGAGGUUCAGCAGCAGCGCCGCCAGCACCGCCAGCGCCAGCCCUCCCUUGGACCCCGUGCAAUCGCCAACGUCGAAGCUCGCCGUGUCGUCCAAGAUGCCGGCCCACCUCCUGCCCGUCCUCGAGCCGCCGCCUCUUCAGGCCCCACGAUCCACGUCGAGCAUCACACCGAUAACCGCAGCGCUGUGCAGCUGCAGGUCUACAAUCCUGACGCAGAACUGUGCGCGCCAUUCCGACUGCACAGGUCGCGCUAUUGGAACUCGGAGGUGACCCCGUUCACCGUGCUCAACGGUGACAAGUCCUGGACCGGGCCGAUGCGUUUCGUCGCAAUUAUAUACGACACCACGAGGCAGGCGACCUGGGGUACGAUUGCUAAGCAGAAAAUUGUGCUGCGAUUCGGAAGUCAGCGCUAUGGGACUCUGUGGGCGAUGAAGGGCACGGCGCUCUACAACGAGUUCGGUAAGAAAGAGGAGAAACGCAAGUACAAGGCCGGUGUUCGUAUUGUCGUGGAAGGGGUACACAUGGAGUACCUCCAGGGCGAGAUGGGUCUCAUUUUCGACCAAGGAAGCCACAUCUGUCGUUUCGACACCGGCCAUGGCCCUUCGGACAGAAACAUUGACGAAUUCAACGAACAUCUCGACCGUACGGGUCGAAGCGGCUCCGUUAUCACUGUGGUGGACGAGUAA